AGUUAAAGUUAGUAUGCAAAUAUAUUCACCUCGUAUGCACGACCUGCUGUUGAUUUUUUUGUUUGUUUAUAUGCUUGAUCCUAUAAAACGUAACGAGUCCUUUCAAGUAUUUUGGUGUAGAAGUUUCAACCGUUUCAAACAAAAUUGCAUUAUCCCUAAAAUACUAUGUAGACUAUACAGUACACUAAAUGUAGAAUGUGUUUAUUUUUUUUAUCUCUGGACGGUACGUUCUUGUAGCAUGCGUGUAUAUAUCUGAAAUAUGUUGACUUCUUUCGUCCUCAAAAGUAAAACAACACAUCUGAUAUGAUAUCCUCCAUUUUAGCAGGAUGUGGUAGUUUCUUUUCUUCCUCCUCUGUUCAACCGGAUCCUGUUUCAAAUCAUUGCCCGAUUUAAUAUUAGACGUUUUGACUACAUUAACAAACAAACAAAAUGGCCGAGCAAGCAGUGUUUCAACCCGGAACAGGAGCGAUUCCAGCAACUUUAGUGGAACUGACAGUCAGUGCAAGAAACCUGAUAGAUGCAGAUGUCUUCUCCAAGUCUGAUCCAAUGGUUGUGAUGUUUACAAAAGAUGACAGAGAAACACAAUGGAGAGAGUUUGGGAGGACAGAGGUGAUCUGGAAUAACCUGAAUCCGGACUUUGUGAAGAAGUUUGUCAUGCAGUACUGCUUUGAGCAGAGCCAGAAGCUCAAGUUUGAAGUGUAUGACAUAGAUUCCCAGUCUGCAGAUCUCAGCAAACAUGACUUCCUAGGCCGGAUGGAAUGUACGCUUGGAGAGAUUGUUUCAUCUGGCACAAGAUUUUCCAAAAAGCUCUCAGGACCAAACAUAAAGAAGGGCUCAAUCUUAGUUAGUGCUGAAGAGCUGAGCAGUUGUAAGGAACAAGUGAUCAUGCAGUUCAGAGCUCAUAAAUUGGACAAGAAAGACUUCUUUGGGAAAUCAGACCCUUUCUUGACAUUCUACAGAGCAAAUGAGGACAAUACAUUCACAGUGGUCCACAGAACAGAAGUGAUCAAGAAGACCCUGAACCCAACAUGGAAGCCAAUGACACUUUCUGUUAGAGCCCUGUGCAAUGGAGACUAUGACAGAGCCAUCAAAGUGGAGUGUUACGACUGGGAUGCGGACGGAGGACAUGACUUUAUUGGUGACUUUACAACAUCGCUCCGAGAGCUUACGAGAGGGCCAGGGCAGACGAAUGUGUAUGAGUGUAUCAAUGAGAAAAAGCGACGAAAGAAAGGUCAAAAAUACCAAAACUCAGGCACAGUAGAACUGAUGAAUGUCCGAGUGGAGAAGGUGUACACAUUCCUGGAUUACGUCAGAGGAGGGACCCAGAUGAAUUGUACAAUUGCCAUAGAUUUCACAGCAUCAAACGGGGACCCAAAAUCCCCGAACUCCCUCCACUACAGCAGCCCCUAUCAUGCCAGUCCUUACUGCAAUGCCUUAAGGGCAGUGGGAAAUAUAAUCAAGGAUUAUGACUCUGACCAGCUGUUUCCUGCAUUAGGAUUUGGUGCCCGGCUCCCUCCUAAUGGAGUUGUGUCCCAUGAGUUUGCUCUUAAUGGUAACCCCCAGAACCCUUUCUGUGAUGGAAUAGAGGGCGUGGUAUCAGCAUACUUGAAAGCGAUUACCUCGAUACAGCUGUAUGGACCCACAAAUUUUGCUCCAUGUAUCAACCAUGUGUCAAAAUUUGCAGCAGCGAAGCCAAAUGGAGACGAGUAUUUCAUCCUCCUGAUUAUAACAGACGGAAUCAUCACAGACAUGCCACAGACAUGUGAGGCUAUUGUCAAUGCGGCAUCUCUACCCAUGUCCAUCAUCAUAAUCGGUGUUGGAGAUGCUGAUUUUGAAGCGAUGGAGGUGUUGGAUGGUGAUGAUGUGAGGCUGUCUUCAAGGGGCCGAUACGCGGAGAGGGACAUAGUGCAAUUUGUUCCAUACAAAGAGUUCAUGGGACGUUCGGGCGACAACCCUGCGGUAGUACAAGCUCGUUUGGCGCGAGAAGUGCUAGAGGAAAUCCCUGACCAGUUCCUGUCAUACAUGAAAUCCCGAAACAUCAAGCCACGCCCUCCUGUACAACGACAGCUUACCAUUUCUUCAAUAACUUCCCUUCCUACUUCUGAGCAGUGAUUGUGAAAUUCAAUUUUGAGUUGUGACUUUGAACUAUAAAUUGAUGGGUACUUUUUUAUGAAUUCAUUCAGAGACAGAUGACUAUUUCUUCCAUUAAGUUCCCUGCCUGGAUUAGAGCAGGACAGAGCAAUUACAUUGAAAAUCAGAUAAGAGUAGUGAUCUUCAGUUCUGAUCUUAAUCAUUGACUUUUAAAUUGAAUUUGAGCAAGGACCUUCAAUCGAAAUUUGAUCAGUGUCCUUUAAAUUGGAAAAUGAGCACAGGUCUUCAAGUUGGAAUUUAAGAACUCUUUAUUUAUUUUGACAGGGAUAGCUCACCAUUACUUUCUUAACUUCUAAUGCUGCAUCAGAAAUUCAGAACAGUGAUUUUAGAGUAGCUGGUAUAAAAUCAUUUACCGGAAUACUUUAGGUACAUUUAUAUUUUGCACUUUACAUUUGACCGGUUAUUCAACUCCCAGUUGUUUAUGAAAGUGAGCUUGCCAAGGAAUGAAAACUGCUGUUUUUCUUUAAAUGGGUGUUUUUCAAGCUUUUGUGAUUCUUUAGUGUGACAACAAUUUGCUAACAGUGAUAUACUGGACACAUGUAAGGGCGUAUAAAUGUAGUAUACAUACAUGAACAAAUUUAGGUGUUUUAUCACUUGUCAAAAACAAAGGGUGCCUAGAUGGUCAGUCACAUGAAAGGAUGGAGUUCUAGCUAAAGUUAUGCAAGGGUGCUGCACCCUAUCCUUUUUUGGUAGCAACCCUCAGCCCUCAUGGAGACCAGCAUGUGUACCCUUCUACCUUCUUAGAAUUGAAUGCUAAAGAUAAUACUGUUUUAGACUUAAAAUAUGAUUAUAAUUACCUACAAACUUUACAUAUCUGGCAGUUGAAUCCUAAACCCACUCCAAUUAAAAACAAUUCCUAACAUUUUCUGUUUGACUCAUAAUGUUCCAGAUCUUAAUUAAGGCCUAUUACUGAUUGGUCAGUGACAUGUAAGGGUGCUUAGGCCUAUUAGUGAUUGGUCAGUGCCAUAUAAGUGUAUUAAGGCCUAUUACUGAUCGGUCAGUGACAUGUAAGAGUAUUAAGGCCUAUUAGUGAUUGGUCAGUGCCAUAUAAGGGUAUUAAGGCCUAUUACUAAUUGGUCAGUGACAUGUAAGAGUAUUAAGGCCUAUUAGUGAUUGGUCAGUGCCAUAUUAGGGUAUUAAGGCCUAUUACUGAUCGGUCAGUGACAUGUAAGAGUAUUAAGGCCUAUUAGUGAUUGGUCAGUGCCAUAUAAGGGUAUUAAUUGUUAACAAUAAUUUACAGAUUUCGCAGAAAAUGCUUUUUUCGCGAAAAGCAUUGGUAAUGCUAUUGUAAAUUGAAUGAUUUUAAUAGGCUUCAGCUUGGAUUUAAAAAAUUCUUUACACAUGAGGAACUGCCAGUUGCUGUUUGGUGUUUGUCCUUAAAAGUUAAUAGAAGAACUCAAUCUGAACAAAUUUGAAAAAAUGUUGCCAAGUUCAUAAUUUUUGUGAAAGAGUACUUUAAGUUACUUGAUUUUUUCCCAAAAGUAAAGAUUAUAUAGAUAAUAUGGAAAACUAUACUCAUUCUCUUGUUUGUAUUAGCUGAUUAUCAGCAUGUGAUACUAAUUAUUGAUUAUUAUAAUCAUCUGGUAUAUUAAUGAUGUUGUUUUUGUUUUCGUUUUUCCCAAAUAUCAAUAUCCAAAGUUGUGAUUACUUUUUGUUGGCUGUUCGCUCAAUUUUGUACAAGGUCCAUAUAUAUAUUCACUAAUGUCUUCAGUCUGAAUUUGCAACUCAGAAAACUGAAUUUCUUAAAAGAUUCAAAAUAUCUAUAAAUAACUUAUUUUGACAAAAGAUGUGUGACUGAUUGUUGAAUAGGCUAUUUGUAACAUAAACAACAAAUUUUACCCUCUUUGCUCCUGUAAUAUCUUUUUUAUCAACAAAAUCGAAAAACAUUUGAGUCUUAGUUUUAAAGCUGCACUCUCACAGAUCGAACAUUUUGACAACUUUUUUAUUUUUUGUCUUGGAAAGAGCCAAUUUUUUGGAAAAUCCAUGGAAACCAGUUAUUUAAGACUGCUGACAAAAAUUCAGAUUGCAGAUUUUUAUAUAUAAGUUAAAAGAUUGAUGUUUUAUGCAUUUUUCUUAAACCAUUAGUAACCGUUUAAGCCAUAAAACAUUGUUUUCUGAACAGAAAUAUGAAAAUCUAUGCUCUGAUUUUUUAUCAGCAAUCUUAUUUCAUUGGUUUGCAGAUAUUUACGCAAAUAUUUGCUCUUUCCAAGACAAAAAAAUUAAAAAGUUGUUAAAAUGGUCAAUCUGUGAGGGUGCAAGUUUAAACUCGGACUCCUGAAAUUAGUGAAUAAUGGCCUAGGUUAUGCUCAUAGCAUGGAUAUACAAUGUAGAUCUGUUAAAGCAUUAUGUCAAGGAUGAUCAAGUUCAGGAAUAAUCCUGAUGUCAGGAUUGAGAGCUUACCAUUUCAGAUCAUUUCUACCUUUGUAAAGUUUGUUUUGUAAAGUUUGUUUUUGCCGGAUAUUUGCAUGAAAAACAGGAAGAAGUACCUUUGAGAUGGACAUAAUAGCUUUGAAAACAGUUCAUCAGAGGUCUUGUCUUAUAAAUUUGCUCUUAAAAUUAAUAUUGAAUAUCUGGCAUGGAUUUUAAAUUUUGGAAAAAAAAAUGUAGGCGAUAGCAACUAGCCUUUAACAAUCCUUCAUACUCAAACUUUAUUUUUAGGAUUGGGAUUUCCGGUCUGUUAUUCUCAACCUGGUAUAUGACUUACAUGAUGAGAUUGUUAAUUAGCAUUUUGCACCAUUAUUACUGAAUAUAUUUGUAUUUAAACCUAUUACCAUGUAUGUCAUGACUAUGAUUACCUCUUGAUCAAUAUUUAGUUAAGGUAUCUGAUGUACGGUUAUGUGCAUUUGGGAAGACUGGUUACCCCCAUAUGCAUGCCAUAUAUUUGAAAGCUGCUCUUGUGGUUGUUACUUUAUUUGUGGUCAGUAUUACACCAGUUUGCUUCAAAUUUGAUGUCAGAAGGGCUUCUAAAAAGCCAGUUUUGCUACUACAGCAUGGAUGCUUCACACCCUUUGACCCCAAUUAGGGACCUAAAGCACCGGUGCCCCCCCCCCCCCCUUCUUAUUACCAUAUGGUUUCAGACCUUCAGCUGCCAGUUCAAUCACAUCCCUGAAAGGCCAGCUUUUUUAUUUUUUGGACAUCUGAUACCUUAUCAUAAUGAUAUUUAUUCUGUAUUAUUUGUUGUUUUUUGUAAAAAUUGUUUCAAUGUGUAAAACAGGAUCGCAAUAUGUAUUUUUGUGAGAAAUAUGAUUAUUAUCAAAUGUACAAUAUAUCUCACAUGUUGUGAAAAUAUAUGUAAACAAUGACUUUUGUACAGAAAUAUGUAAUAUCAGUAUAAUAUGCAGAGGUGAACUACACUUCAGUAUAUAUAGGAUCUUAAUUGUCAGAGUUGUCAUUCUGAUUGAAUGCAAAACAAAAAUAUGUAACAAGUUUGGGAAGUUAUUAAAAGAGCCUUUCCAAAUUUUGUAUAAAAUGACAACAGUUGAAUGAUUGGUUUUAUGCCAUGUCAUAUUUGUCGCCCAAAAAUAAGAUUUUGUACAUAUUUUGGUAAAAAGGUUUCUCGCUAAAUUAGUUGUGCAAAUUUACUUAAUUUCAUGUAAGAAACGUUUUCCCUGCUUAUUGUAUUAACUUGUUCUAUAUUGCUCAAUGUUAGAGCACCUUACACGUUGUAAAUAUAUUUGCAUAUCUUCUGUAUAGGAGGAAAUAAAGAUUUGAUUGAUUGAUU